UCGAAAGUGUUUUUUCCGCGGAGAUAAAAUUGGCACCCUUCGACAUUUUAGGUCUGGUUAGUUUUCCUAGUGUUCAAAAUUAGGAAAAAUAAUACGGCUUUUAAAUUCCAUUAAUGGACGAAUAAAUAGGUACAGAAGUUGGUGUUUAACUGAAGAUAUGCAUAAAUCGAAAAGGACAAGAAAUAAUAGCGAUGACAAAGACAAUAAGAAGUUCAAAUAUACCACAGUACCAGUCUACCAUGGCUUGUUUAAUGAAGGGGCAACAUGUUAUUUAAACAGUGUGCUACAGGUCUUCUUCAUGACAGAUGACUUCAGAGAGGCUGUGGAAAGUAAUACUGAAGAAAAAUACAUUGAUGUUCAGCUGAAAAGGCUGUUUACAACUUUAAAGGAAAAUGAAACUAACACAAAGGACGUCUUGUCAAUACUGGGCAUUACAAAUUUACAUGAACAAUGUGACGCUGCGGAGUAUUUUGAGAGGAUUUUAAGCAUGGUUAAUCCGGAUGCGUCUAAGAUCUUCAAAGGAGGUUUAAGACACAGCACUACCUGUUUCAGCAAACAUGUAACCAGUGAUGAAACAGGUCCAUUUUGGACAUUGCCCCUCCCCAUAGCAGAUCCAUUGGACUCUUCCAACACCUACUGUGUGAAGGAUGGCUUUAACGAUUUCUUCAAGUCUUCAACUGUCAGUGGGGAAAACCAGAUGUACUGUGAUGAAUGUGACAAGAAAGCAGAUGCUACGAUUGAAUGCAGGAUGGAACAUCACCCAGACAUUCUUACUCUGCUCCUCAAGCGGUUUGAAUUUGACUACUACAGCAUGGCAUAUGUCAAAAUCAACCGCUAUGUGGAAGUGCCUCACAAACUACAGACACAGGACUGUGACUAUGAGCUCUAUGCGGUUGUGGACCAUGUGGGAAGUCUAACAGGUGGACAUUACACAGCCACAAUCAGGUCCUAUGUGGAUCACAACUGGUAUGUCUUUGAUGACACAUAUGUCCGACUGCUCAAUUCAGACACAUUUAAACAAGAAGACCGAUUUAGGUCUCAGAAUGCGUAUCUGAUUAUUUACAGAAAAUUGGUUACUCCAGAUUGUCAGAUAAACCAUGGAACUGACAACCGAAGGUCACGCAGUGACUCACCAACCUUUACUCCUUCCUGUUCCUUUGAGAUGGAAACCAACAAAAGAAAAGAAGACAAAAAUGUUCAAGUAAAUGAAGCAAUCAAUCAAGUUAACUUACUAGGUGGAACAGAAGAUGCCCAGAAAGAGGAUGAGGUUAUUGGACUAAAAGAACAAAAAGGACAGAUUGAUGUUAUUGGACUAAAAGAACAGAAAAGCGACAAUGAUGGUUUUGGCCAAAAUAAACAGAAAGAACAGACAAAGAUAGAAUACUGGAGUGGAGAGAAUAAGGUUGCUGUUAACGUUAAAGAAAGUGAUGAUCAGAAUGGAUUAGAAGAACAAAAAGAACAGUCUGAGGUUGUUGGACAAAAGGAUCAGGAAGGAGAGGAUGAUAUUGUUAGACAGGAAGGACUGAAAGACGUAAGACAAGAACAACAGAAAGAUGAUGUAAGACAAAAAGCACAGAAAGAGAACAAAGUUUUUGGGGAAAAAGAACACAAAGGAGAGAAUGAUAUUGUUAGAGAAGAAGGAAAUAAAGAAGAGUGUGAGGUUGUUGGACAAAAGGAACAGGAAGGAGAGGAUGAUGAUGUUGGACAAACAGAAAAGAAAGACGAUGAUGAUGAUACACAAAAUACACAGAAAGAAUAUGAUGUUUUGAGGAAAAACACACAAACAAACAAAGAAGAACAUUAUUUUGUUGUUACUCAAGAACAACAGAAUGUGGAUAAGAUUGUUAGACAAAAAGAACUGAAUAGGUAUGAUGUUUUCGGGGCUAAAGAACAAAAAGGACCAGGGGAGUUUGUUACACAAAAAAAACAGAGAGAACAGGAGAAAAUAAGACAAGAUGGAAAUAAAAUAAAGUAUGAUGUUAACAGCACACAGAAUAAUGUAUUGGAAAAUAAAACAGAGAAUGAUGUGGUUAAGAGAGGAAUGGAUGUGUUAGUCCUUAAGCAUAAUGAUGAGAGAAAGAGGAAUGUUGAUGGUGCAGCAAUGGCAGGCAGAAUUAAGGGUGACCCUGAGGACAACAACAUGGCAUUAAUAGGUAGAGCUACACUGACGAGGGGAAAUUCUGGAGUGGCUGAGUUAGGAGAGGAUUUUGACAUGACAGAAUCUGACAGAACUGGCAACACUUCACCAAGCAGAAAGACAGACACCCCAGAGUACACGACGCAGUGUUGCUUUCCAAUACGAAGAAAGGGAGGAAAGAAAACCACAAAGGCUGAAAAUAAGAGGAGUGGACAAUGGUUUAGGUUUUGGAAGUGGGAAAGAAAAUGGAAAGUUAAGAGAAGGCCAUGGAGACUGGUAAAUGAAGAGAAGAGAUUAAUGGAAAACAUAAAAAAGGAAGAUACGAAGAAGAUAAUUGAAAUGGGCAAGAGAGAAGAGAAGGAAAACAAAAAGAAAAAAGAAGUGGAAAUGGUAGGAACGGAGGAAAAUAAGGGCCCAAGGAGAAAAAGAGUAGAUUCAAAGAGCCCUUUUCUCACAAUCUAGUUUACUUAAAUACUGAUAAACAGAAUGACAUGGACACCCUGAGAAUAAUCUGGUGAGUAUUGAGCUUCAUGGUUAUAAAAGCUAUAGUAAUUAUCCAUUAUGAUAGAACUGACACUACACUAUCUGGAUAAAAUUUGAAAUGACUUUAAAACAUAUACAAAUGUUUUGGUAAAUCCUUGAUGGAAAAGACACGACUAACUACAGAUAUAAAAUAAUUAUGUAUAUAGUGACAGAAGCAAAUACCAAUUCUAAAUUUACCAAGCUGUCAACAUUUAUCAAGCUAUUGACAUUUUGUUUCUGUUGAUGUCAUUUUAUUUGAACAGAAUUAUGUACUGUG